AUGGAGCUCUCACUCGUUGGCCUUCAGAAUACUGGAAAGACUUCUCUUGUCAAUGCCAUCGCUACUGGAGGUUACAGUGAAGAUAUGAUACCAACUGUGGGGUUUAACAUGAGGAAAGAAUGGAAUUACGGUGGAUCCUUUUCUGGCCGAGGCUUCUGUCAACGUGAUUUGUAUGUUUACAGGAGAAUCUGGGUCUUGUCUACGCUCCUGUAA